AGGCGUUCCUCUCUCCUAGUCCCAGAUGAGAUUCUCAACACUUUCCUCUAGCCAACCUCUGGAAAGAACCAAAAUAAGGAGUCGUGAUCUCUGCACUCUUCUGUUCUUAAAAACCGUGCCUUCGAGGCACAUAAACUGAAACUAACUGCACAAUUCCAAGGAGACAUUCCGCCUUUUCCAUUCCAGUUAUUUUACAAAAACAAAACGCGAAAGACAUCAUUUGUACAAAGGCUCAAAAAUGCAAGGGACUUCAGGCUGUGAACUUCCCUUCCCAACACAAGGGUCUGAGUCCGCACAACGGACACAAUCAGUAACCCUUACUUGUAACGAACAGAAAAGAAUUCCGUUUGUAAACCACGGCUGUCGGAGACCGUGGAUCAGUCCGCCGGAACUACGCCUCCCAGCAUGCAGUGCGGCCAGUUCCUGCCGAAGCGCGACUGAAGAGGUGCAUGUCGGGAACUAGAGUUUCCGUCUCUGAACGAUUGGAGAAGUUGCCUUUCCUGUACCCUGACUUACGCUUUUGCAGUCUAGAGUUCUACGGAGAGCAAAUCAGAAAUUUAGAGACUCAUUUCAGGGUCCCCUCCCUACUCGUAGCCGGAACCUUACGCGGCAAAGUUACUUCCGGAGCAAAUCUUUUCGCAGGUUUCCGUUUCCGGUCGUUUUGUUGCCUUGGUAACGAGAACGCGAAAACAAUCUUGGCAGUUAUGGCGGGAGUGAGCGGUGGCCAGAUUCCGGAUGGGGAGUUCACCGCUACCGUGUACCGGCUCAUCCGUGAUUCCCGCUAUGCCGAAGCGGUGCAGCUGCUGGGCGGUGAGCUCCAGCGCUGCCCUAGGAGCCGAGCCGGCCUGUCGCUGCUGGGCUACUGCUACUACCGCCUGCAGGAGUUCGCGCUGGCGGCCGAGUGCUACGAGCAGCUAGGCCAGCUGCAUCCGGAGCUGGAGCAGUACCGCCUCUAUCAGGCCCAGGCCCUGUACAAGGCCUGCCUUUACCCAGAGGCUACCCGGGUCGCCUUCCUCCUCCUGGACAACCCAGCCUACCACAAUCGGGUCCUCCGCCUUCAAGCGGCGAUAAAGUACAGCGAGGGCGAUCUGCCCGGGGCAAGGAGCCUGGUGGAACAGCUACUGAGUGGGGAAGGAGGGGAUGACAGUGGGGGCGAGAGUGAGCCUGAUGGCCAGGUCAACCUGGGUUGUUUGCUCUACAAGGAGGGGCAGUAUGAAGCCGCGUGUUCCAAGUUCUCUGCGGCCCUGCAGGCCUCGGGUUACCGGCCUGACCUUUCCUACAACUUGGCUUUGGCUUAUUACAGCAGCAGGCAGUAUGCCCCAGCUCUGAAGCAUAUAGCCGACAUUAUCGAGCGUGGCAUUCGCCAGCACCCGGAGCUCGGUGUGGGCAUGACCACGGAGGGCAUUGAUGUUCGCAGCGUUGGCAACACCUUAGUCCUUCACCAGACUGCUCUGGUGGAAGCCUUCAACCUCAAGGCAGCUAUAGAAUACCAGCUGAGAAACCAUGAGGCGGCCCAGGAAGCCCUCACUGACAUGCCACCAAGGGCAGAGGAGGAGUUAGACCCUGUGACCUUACACAACCAAGCACUAAUGAACAUGGAUGGCAGACCUACCGAAGGAUUUGAAAAGCUACAGUUCUUGCUCCAGCAGAACCCCUUUCCCCCAGAGACUUUUGGCAACCUGUUACUGCUUUACUGUAAGUAUGAAUAUUUUGACUUGGCAGCAGAUGUCCUGGCAGAAAAUGCCCAUUUGACUUACAGGUUCCUCACACCCUAUCUCUAUGACUUCUUGGAUGCCAUGAUCACUUGCCAGACAGCUCCGGAAGAGGCUUUCAUUAAGCUUGAUGAACUAGCUGGGAUGCUGACGGAGCAUCUCCGGAAACUCACCAUUCAGGUGCAGGAAGCAAGACACAAUAGAGACGAUGAAGCUGUCAAAAAGGCAGUUAAUGAGUACGAUGAAACCCUUGAGAAGUAUAUUCCUGUGUUGAUGGCCCAGGCAAAAAUCUACUGGAACCUUGAAAAUUACCCAAUGGUGGAAAAGAUCUUCCGCAAAUCUGUGGAAUUCUGUAAUGACCAUGAUGUGUGGAAAUUGAAUGUGGCUCAUGUUCUGUUCAUGCAGGAAAACAAAUACAAAGAAGCAAUUGGUUUUUAUGAGCCCAUCGUCAAGAAGCAUUAUGAUAACAUCCUGAAUGUCAGUGCUAUUGUAUUAGCUAACCUCUGCGUUUCAUAUAUUAUGACAAGUCAAAAUGAAGAAGCUGAGGAGUUGAUGAGGAAGGUUGAAAAGGAGGAAGAGCAGCUCUCCUACGAAGACCCAGAAAAGAAAGUCUACCAUCUGUGCAUUGUCAACUUGGUGAUAGGAACACUUUAUUGUGCCAAAGGAAAUUAUGACUUUGGUAUUUCCCGAGUUAUCAAAAGCUUGGAACCUUAUAAUAAAAAACUGGGAACUGAUACUUGGUAUUAUGCCAAAAGGUGCUUUCUAUCCUUAUUAGAAAACAUGUCAAAACACACAAUCAUGUUGCGUGACAAUGUUAUUCAAGAAUGUGUCCAGUUUCUAGAGCACUGUGAACUUUAUGGCAGGAACAUACCUGCAGUUAUUGAACAACCCCUGGAAGAAGAAAGAAUGCAUAUUGGAAAGAAUACAGUCACGUAUGAAUCCAGACAGUUAAGAGCUUUGAUUUAUGAGAUUAUUGGAUGGAAUAUGUAGUUAUGGCUGAUAAUGACUUUUGUCAUAAUGGCUUUGUUAUCUAUAUCUGACACUUUUAUUUGUAUUUAGUCUUUGGCACCUUUAGAUUUUGUUACAUGUUGAGCUUUGUACACUUUAAAGUUAUAAGUUAGAUAGAACUUUUGAUAAUUCCACAAAAUGAAUACGAUCAAAGGAAUUUUAACCCACGAAGAAUUUAUGAAACUUUUCCAAAUUGAUAGGGAAAGUUGUGUCUGAUAGUACUUGUAAGGACUGUGUUUUCUGCCCUUUGUUAUCUUUGUGCUUUGCUGUAUCUUGAGGAGCCCCAGUGCAAUGGGUUACAUCACUCAGAGACACAGUACAAUCAAGUCUGGAACUCAGUAGUUAAAUGUAGAGGACUACUGGGCUUUAUCACUUCAGGGAUUCAUGUUCUAUCUUAUUUACCGUCAUAAUUCUAUUAAUUUGUAAUGCUUACAUUUUGCAUAGAUUUUAGGAUGUUCUGGUAGGGUAUUUCAAUAUAGAUGUAAUGCACUACCUAACCAAAAUUUCUUAGGUUAUAAAUGUUUUUGUCUGUUUUUUUGACGUGUAAGAUUUAGGAAGAAAACUUAUGCCCUAACAGAAUUAUGGUGCUAUGGUGUAGAGACAAUAAACAAUUGACAUAUUUCCCUGAC